AUGGCGACUGCAGCAUCUGUGUCUGAGCUGAGGGUUGUUCUUCUGGGGAGCAGCUGGACUGAGAGGAAAGAAGUGGGGAACCUCAUAGUGGGAGAGACUGUGUUCAGUGAAGCACCUAAACACUGUCUGACAGCCAGAACACGAAUCAAAGACAAAGACAUAACUGUCAUAAACACCCCACAGCUGCCGUCUCUCAGCUCCACCCAACAGAAACUCACAGAGUUUAUAAAACAGUGUGUGAGGCUCUCUGCUCCUGGACCUCAUGUGUUCCUGCUGGUUCUGCAGCCUGAAGACUUCACUGAGGAGCACAAACUGAGACUCUGCAGAGUUCUUGAAUCUUACAGUGAUCAAUCGUUUGGUCAUUCCCUGAUACUGAUAUCAAUACCCAGAGAGGAGGAAUCAGGAUUCAUUGAAAAAUACAUGCAACAUCCACCUUUAACAGACAUGAUCAGAAUGUGUCGAUACAGAUACUUGUGGCACAAGAAACUAGAGCUUCCAGAGCUGCUAACACGCUUGGGUCAAAUUGCAACAGAGAAAAAUGGAGAGCAUGUGUCCUAUGAUGGAUUAGAGGGUGUGGAUCCUGGUUUAACCAUGACAGUAAUGCCUGCGCCUGAAUGCAAACCAUCUUUAAACCUGGUUCUGUGUGGGAGGAGAGGAGCAGGGAAGACUUCAGCAGUCAAGGCCAUUUUAGGUCAGACUGAGCUUCAUUCAGUCUCCAGCUCAGAGUGUGUUAAACAUCAGGGAGAGGUGUGUGGACGCUGGGUUUCCCUGGUGGAGCUUCCAGCUUUGUAUGGAAAACCUCAGGAGGCAGUGAUGGAGGAAUCACUCAGGUGUAUCUCCCUCUGUGAUCCUGAGGGUGUCCAUGCCUUCAUCCUGGUCAUACCUGUGGCUCCCCUCACUGAUGAAGACAAAGGAGAGUUAGAGACCAUCCAGAACACUUUCAGCUCUCGAGUCAAUGCCUUCACCGUGAUUCUGUUCACUGUGGAGUCAGAUCCUACAGAUCCAGCUGUUAUGAACUUUGUAAAGGAAAACAAGAACAUCCAGGAGCUCUGUGAGAGCUGUGGAGGAAGAUCUGUUAUUCUCAACAUCAAGGACAAACAGCAGAUCCCAGAGCUGCUAGAAACUGUUGAAAAUAUGAGAGCUGAAGGACCUGGAUGCUUCACGAUGAAGAUAUUCACCAAGGCACAGAUGGAGAAGGUGACAAAGCUUUCAGCUGAACUGCAGGCUGUGAAACAGAGGAGUGAUGUGGGAGAGAAGAGCAGAGAGCCUCUCAGGAUGGUGCUGAUUGGAAAGACUGGAAAUGGCAAGAGUGCAAGUGGAAACACCAUUCUGGGUAAAGCACAUUUUAGAUCUACUAGCUGUGCAAAGUCAGUGACAAAGUUUUGCCACAAAGCAGAAGGAGAAAUUGAUGGACGUCCUGUUGUUGUGGUCGACACCCCUGGCUUGUUUGACACGAGUCUGACCAAUGAUAAAGUUCAAGAAGAACUUCUGAAAUGCAUCAGCUUGUUGUCUCCUGGACCUCACGUGAUCUUACUGGUGUUGAGGAUCGGCCCAUUUACACAGGAGGAAAUUGAGGCUGCAGAGCUGAUCAAGAAAUACUUUGGCAAAAGAUCUGAAGAUUUCAUCAUCAUUUUAUUCACCAGAGGAGAUGAUCUUAGUGAUUCAAUUGAGCAUUAUGUACAUGACAGUGACAGUGUUUUACAGAAACUGAUUCAUGAUUGUGGGGGCAGAUAUCAUGUCUUUAAUAAUAAGGAUAAUACAGAUCGCACACAAGUCAGAGAGCUGCUGAGAAAGGCGGAUAAGAUAGUGAAGGAAAAUGGAGGCAGCUGCUACACCAGCGAGAUGUUCCAAGAGGCUGAGGAAGCGAUACAGAAGGAAAUGAAGAAGAUCCUCAAGAAAAAGGAAGAAAUGAUGAAGAGGAAGGAGGAGGAACUUCAAAGAAAACAUAAGCAAGAAAUUGAAACAAUGAAAAGAAGAACAGAAAAAGAGAGAGAGAAGACUGAACACGAGAAGAAGCAGAGAGUAAAACAACUGGAACAAAUCAUUAAAAAAGAGCGAGAGCAGAGAAAGAAAGAACAGAAACGCAGAGAAGAAGAAGACAGGACGAGGAAAGAGCAGGAAGAACAUCAACAACAGCAGUGGGAACAGGAACAGGAAGCUCUGGACAAUAAAAUCAAGUCCAAAUCAAAGAAAACCACUGACAGAAAAGUGGAACAGAGCCGAAAAGAGAUGAAAGAAAACCAAAAGGCCUGGGAGAGGAAACAAAAAGAAAGCUGGGAAAAACGAGAGCGGGAAGAUGAACAGAGACGUCAGGAAGGGGAAGAAAAACUUAAAAAACUUCAAGAAGAAUACGAAAAGGAAAAAGAAAUAUAUGAAAGCAAAAGAAAAGAAGAAGAUCAAAAGAAAAAGGAACAAGAGGAAACUAUGAAAAAAGAAAUAGAAUUAAAGUAUGAGAGGAAAAUGGACAACAUGAAAAAGAAAUACGAAGUGGCUGCCAGAAAACAAGCUGAGAAAUUUAAUAAAUUCAAAGAAAAAUACACCAAAGACUUUGAAGCUCUGAUAGAAAAACAUGACGAGGAGCUCAAAGCUCUGAAGAAGCAGCAUGAAGAAGAAAUACGAGAGAAGCAGAAAACACACAGCAAAGAGUAUGAAGAUGAAAAACUACAAGAACUGGAGGACUUGAAGAAAAACCAUGAACGAGAACUAAAUGAGCUGAAAGAGAAAUACAAACAGAGAUGCACCAUCUGCUGAUGAUUCAUCUCUGCUGCAACUCUUAAUAUUCAGUGAUCUUUCAAACUGAUCAGAUCAGCAUUUAACUUCAC